AUGCCGCCGGAAAAGGCAUGGGAGAACCUGCUCGGCCUAUCCGACAACGAAGCCCGCCAACGCAAACGCGAGUGGAACCGUAGCCCACUGACCGAUCUCUUCCCGCGCAUUCCCGACACCGCCCUGGAGCGCAUCCUCGACAUCUGCAUCGGCAAAGACUUCACCUACAACCUCUCGGAAUCCAAAAGAUGGAGCGCUCGUCGGCUCACGAGCAUCGUCGUCGCGCACGUCCGGCACGCCUACAGUGACUACGAUAAAUUGCUCCGCGAACAGGAUGUGGAGCGGUAUGAAGCGCGCAAGCAGACGUCGCAGCAGGUGUGGAAGGUUUUACGCGAAUGGUGCCCGUGGGAUUCGUCAAACGAUGUUCUCGAACGCUGCUUCCAGGUGACAUUACUGCGGCCAGAGGAGCGCGAUCCCAGCUGGGAUCCGAUGGAUAUCGACGAUUCAGAUUUCGAAGCGGACUACACAGACGAUCCGAUGGAUGUAGACUGA